AUGCCCACAACCGAGGAAUUGCAGACUUUCGUACUAUCGACACUUGACAAGUGUAACACUAUUGAGGACUCCAAAGAUCUCAAAUACGACAAUGAACCCGUAGAACAACUUGCUCUCCUCGGUGCUUUGAACAGUUUAAAGUCAAAGGAGAUGAUCGAUUUCACUCCUUUAGACCGUAUUUUCUGGGUUUUGACAGAAGAAGGUCAGCAAUUAGCUAAGGAUGGCAGCCAUGAAGCUCGUGUCUUCGAAGCCAUUCCUGCUGGUGAAGAAGGCCUUCCUAUUGCUGAACUUCAGGCUAAAGUUGGUGCUUCAGCUAAACCUGGUCAAGGUAAAGCCUUCAAAAAUAAGUGGAUAUCCAAGAAGGGCGCCAAUUUGGUUCGUCUGGUCGAUUUCAUUGUUGACGAGACUCAGAAUGAUUUGAUUGAAAUUGGUAAAACUGGUACUCACAGCAAUGCCAAACUUUUGGCGGAACUGAAGAAGAGAACUUUGAUUGACAAGCAAAAAUCAACUUCAUAUAAAAUCCAAAAAGGCCCUGAAUUUGCUUUGGAAGUUAAGAAAGAAGCCACUGAUAUCACCUUUGAGAUGCUUCAAUCUGGUGAGUGGAAAAAUGCUUCUUUCAAGAAAUAUAAUUUUGACGCUGCUGGCGUUCCUCCUGCUGGUGGUCAUCUUCAUCCUUUGAUGAAAGUACGUCAAGAAUUCCGUGAAAUUUUCUUUGAAAUGGGUUUCCAGGAAAUGCCUACCAAUUGUUUUGCUGAAUCUAGUUUCUGGAAUUUUGAUGCUCUUUUCCAACCUCAACAACAUCCUGCCAGAGAUGCACACGAUACUUUCUUUUUGAAGGACCCUGCUACAUCUGAUCGUUAUCCUCGUGAUUUGAUGGAGAAGAUCAAGAAGACACACGAAAAUGGUGGUGAUACCGGUUCUAUCGGUUAUAAUUACACAUGGAAAGAGGAAGAAGCACAAAAACUUAUUUUACGUACUCACACCACAGCUGUCAGUUCCUACAUGCUGUAUAAACUUUCAGAAGAAACCAAGAAACUAGGCGAAUUCCAUCCUGCUAAAUAUUUCUCUAUUGAUCGUGUUUUCCGUAACGAAUCUGUAGAUGCUACCCAUCUGGCCGAAUUUCAUCAAAUCGAAGGUGUUAUUGCUGACAAGAAUUUGACUUUGGGUGAUCUGAUUGGCUUUAUGGAUGUCUUCUUUAAGAAGAUGGGCAUGGACAAGAUCCGUUUCAAGCCUACAUACAAUCCUUAUACCGAACCUUCUAUGGAAAUUUUCUCUUACCAUGAAGGAUUGAAAACAUGGGUUGAAAUUGGUAAUUCAGGUAUGUUCCGUCCUGAAAUGUUGUUGCCUCUUGGUUUACCUCCUGAUGUACGUGUUAUCGCUUGGGGUCUUGGUCUUGAGCGUCCCACUAUGGUGAAAUAUGGUAUUUCAAAUAUUCGCGAUUUGCUGGGUCAUAAAGUAAACAUCAGUAUGAUCAAGGAUUACCCUAUCUGCCGUUUGGAUAAGAAAAUGGGUAAGGAGUUAAUCGGUUUGAGUGAAGAGCAAGAGACUGCAUAA